ACAUCAUUGGUUGACUGGUUGGUUUGAAAGCUAUCGCGAGAAAUGGAAGGGGUAUUUUUUUAAUGACAUUUGAGCAUAAUCUUCCUUUUGCUGUAGCCAGAAAUACUUUAUGCAGCCUACAACAAGCAUAUUAAUUAUAUUUCAUAGUCUUCAUACAGUAGCAAAAUGGCCAAGGUAGAACUCACACCGCUGAGACCCUGGGACGAUUUCUUCCCAGGUUCUGACCGAUUUGCUAAACCAGACGUGAGAGAUUUACCUAAAUGGAACAACAGGGUUGUCAACAACUUGCUUUACUAUCAGACGAACUAUUUGGCGAUGGCUGUCAUGGUUUUCCUUGUUGUGGGGUUCCUGAACCCUAUGGAGAUGUUCUUGGGCAUGGCGGUGGUGUCGUUGGUCUUCCUGGGCUCAGUGUGGGCUGGAGAGAAUAAGGCCAUGAUCAAGGACUUUAAGAGGCAGAACCCCACAUUAUUUGUCAUGGCAGUGAUGCUUGCCAGCUACUUCCUCAUGUCUCUCUUCGAUGGCGUCAUGGUCUUCAUAUUUGGGAUCACGUUUCCUCUUCUCUUGAUCUUUGCACAUGCCUCAUUUCGCCUUCGCAACAUGAAGAAUAAACUGGAGAAUAAAAUGGAGGGGGCGGGGCUAAAGAAGUCACCAAUAGGUAUACUACUGGAUGCACUGGGCCAGCAGGAAGAGAGUCUGCAAAAGAUCCAAGAAUUCCUGGAAGGAAAACUAAAGGAAGGAUGAGAACUUCACACAGACACAGUCCCUGUGUUGUCGUAGGUCCCCUAUCAGCCUCCUUGGCCUCUGACCCGAUGGGAAAAUAUUCCUUUGCACACCCCCUUUUAACGUGCAGUCUCAUUGCAUGCAGUCAAUGUUGAAUAGGAAUGAUUGUAAUACAUCUCAGCUUGUUUGAAAACUUCAGCUAGAAACCGUAUUGCCUACUGCACAUGCAAGUGUAUGUGUGUUUAGACUAGAGAACAUAAUUGCACAUGCAAGUGUAUGUGUGUUUAGACUAGAGAACAUAAUUGCACAUGCAAGUGUAUGUGUGUUUAGACUAGAGAACAUAAUUGCACAUGCAAGUGUAUGUGUGUUUAGACUAGAGAACAUAAUUGCACAUGCAAGUGUAUGUGUGUUUAGACUAGAGAGCAUAAUUGCACAUGCAAGUGUAUGUGUGUUUAGACUAGAGAGCAUAAUUGCACAUGCAAGUGUAUGUGUGUUUAGACUAGAGAACAAUUGCACAUGCAAGUGUAUGUGUGUUUAGACAAGAGAGCAUAAUUGCACAUGCAAGUGUAUGUGUGUUUAGACUAGAGAACAUAAUUGCACAUGCAAGUGUAUGUGUGUUUAGACUAGAGAACAUAAUUGCACAUGCAAGUGUAUGUGUGUUUAGACUAGAGAACAUAAUUGCACAUGCAAGUGUAUGUGUGUGUUUAGACUAGAGAGCAUGUGUUGAAAACACGCGUUAGUUUAACCUCAGGAUAUUUGUUACUCCACCCAAAACUUGUCAGGGCACUUUUUUUUUUUUUAAAGUAGUGAUGUCUGCAUCUCAAUAGUUCACACGUGAGUCUUCCCCAUUGAAUGGAUUUCUGUGUGUAGUUGGGCAAGUGUUUCCAAACCCUAUAUGCAAUAUUUAUACAACUUAUUUAUAUUUUGUGACUUUUGUAAAUAUAAUCAGUGAAAAUAUUGUGGCGCUAAAAGCAAAACUGUGACCGGACUGAUUGAGGUCACUUGGAUUGAAAAAUAAACAGAACUAUGUUUAUUGUUCCAUAGAUGAAUUCACAAUUUAUCUCGCAAAUUAAGCAGUAGGGAAUUAGCUUUUAAAGUGCUGUGCAUUCUCCCUUUUAUUGAUGCAAACAUUGCAAUGUGAAAAUGCUGAUUUGUGGAGAGUAGAACUUUACUACCUGUACUUUGCUACUAAGCUUUACUACCUUUCUUAUUGGUCUCAGUCCUCAGAAGAUCUGGAGGUGUUUAAUCUAUGCUUAAUUAUUUUCAAUUAAGAGGAACAACUUGGCUAUGAAGGAGAAAUUGUGAAAUCACUGUAAAUUAUUAGUUGUGAAUUUUUGUUUUCAACAAGUGUUAAAUAAAUACAGUACCAGUCAAGUUUGGACACACCUACUCAUUCAA